AGUUUUGUGCAGCAGGCAGCAGUAGUAGGAGAGUGGGUUAGAGCAGCGGAGCACUGAGCACAGCAUCACUGAGUUGGGUGCCUCUGUCUGUACAGUACUUUAAGAACAUUUUGAACAUAAGAGAAGAAAUAGAGCCAUAAUGGCUUCGUCUGGCAGUGGAGUGGAGGAAGCCCGUGUGUCAGUUCUGACCCCUUUGAAGUUGGUGGGUUUAGUGUGCAUUUUCCUGGCCCUGUGUCUGGAUAUUGGAGCAGUUUUGAGUCCUGCCUGGGUCACUGCAGACAAUCACUAUUAUCUCUCUCUAUGGGAAUCCUGUUGGAAACAUGCGAACACUGACGACAGCUGGCACUGCAACACCACAUUCGGCACUGACUGGCAAAUUGCAACCUUGGCUUUGCUCCUGGGAGGUGCAGCCGUCAUCCUCAUUGCCUUCCUGGUGGGUUCGAUCUCUGUCUGCAUGGGCUCACGGAGGCACUUUUACCGGCCGGUUGCUGUCAUGCUUUUCGCUGCAGUGGUUCUUCAGGUAUGCGGCCUCGUCCUGUAUCCUAUCAAAUUUAUUGAGUCCGUCAGCUUGAGAAUGUACCAUGAGUUCAACUGGGGUUAUGGGCUAGCCUGGGGAGCUACCAUUUUCUCCUUUGGGAGUGCAAUCCUCUACUGUUUGAAUCCCAAGAACUAUGAAGACUACUACUAGCACUGAGUGUCCUCACAGCGUCAACUACAGUGCUGAUCUAAUGCAUGGAUCAGUAGGAAGAGAAGAAAAUACUUAGUCACGCUUUUCUGCAUUUGGCUGCAAAAAGUAAAACUUCUAACAAAGACAACUUGGGUGGGGGGAAAAAAACAACUAAAAACUAUUGAUGUUUUUCUAGAGAUUAACUGACCAAACUACUGAACUGACCAAAUCUGACACUUUUAAAGAUGCUGACAAUAAACGAAUACAUGGAGAAACAAGAGAUCGCACAAUGGAAAUGUGCUUGCUGUCCUAACUAAAUAUUAUAAGUAUUAUAAAAGCAGUAAUAUAAGUAUUAUAAAAAUUGUGCCACAGGGUUGGUGAUCAAGAAAAAAAGUGGCUGUCUGAUUCCAACACAGAAGCAAACUCGCUGUGAGUGACUACAAAACAAAACAACAAAACAAACAGAACAGAAUUAAGGAUGUUAGGUAAUUGUACCAACUAACAUUCUUUUGAGGACCUUCCAGUACAGGUCUUCAGAAACAUCUGAUUUUCCAGCUAUUUUCACCAGUAGCUGUACUAUGAACAUUGGGAAGUUCAUGGGCAAAGAUAGAAAGGGAAAGACAUGCGAUUCCAAUUAAGAGGCAUGUGAUUGUGCCUCAGCUCUCCAGUGUUGCAAACUGUUUCUCUAUAUAGCAGAACUGCAGUUGCCCCUGAGCCACCAAAGGGAAAGAUCAAGUUGACUUGGACUUGAAGAAAACACCUGUUCAAUGCAUACCCAGGGAAUUAUGUGGUUUGCAUGAAGCAGACAACUUUUGGAGACGACUUGCAGUCCAAGAAUAUUGUGAAGACCAAAACUUGCUGUUACAUAUGUUCUGCGACCAGGCUUUGCAGCUGAGGAUUCAUUUGAUUAAAACUACACCAUUUUUUAGUAAUCCUAUCAAAUCAAGAGGACCAUAAACUUUCUUUUUUUUUUUUUUACGAGAAACCUACAGAAGAAAAAAAAAAAAAUUAGGACACUAGUCUACUUCAAGCAGAGUAGGUCAAGGUUGCCAAAAUCCUUCUGUUGCUAUUUUUCUCCAUUUCAGGACCACAGGUCUUGUAGUUCAAGUCGAUAUCAAUCCACAGCAUUAGCUAAACUCUUUCUUAAAAGAGAAAUGAUCACAGUGACAGAGCUUGGAUGAAUGGAUAAUUACAAAAAAUAUUGUACAGGUCGACAUCCAAGAGAAUAUACCAUGUGUGUCUAAUAAACACACUGUGUUGAAGACAUGAGCCAGCAUACAGUAAUGGCUUGGUACUGUGCAUGUUUGCAAAGAUUAUUUGUAUUACCCCAGCAAAGGUCUAAGCACGUUUGUCAUGUUUACUGCCUUGACUGUUAAACCUCUUUCGGUUUUUAACUAGAUCUAGCAGUUAUGUAUCUUCAGCAGUUUAGUGUUUCAUACUUUUUAUCUUAAGGAGAGUGGUCAGUUAUUUCUGUGUUUCUUUAAUUCAAGGACUCAGAAACGUUGUUGUAUAUAUAAGGGGGCACAUUUCACAGGCUAUCAAUUUGUGACCUCAAAAGUGUGACAAUUCCCUGUGACAACUCACAAA